GGACGCCCCUAGCGGCGUCUACGCUCGGCCUACGUUACGUGCGUGCGCAGGCUCUUCCUCAACCGGACUAGCAGCAAACAGCAACAGACAAGAUGUUGGUUCUGGUGUUAGGUGACCUGCACAUUCCUCACCGGUGCAACACGUUGCCAGCCAAGUUCAAGAAGCUGUUGGUGCCGGGGAAGAUCCAGCACAUUCUCUGCACCGGCAACCUCUGCACCAAGGAGAGUUAUGACUACCUGAAAACCCUCGCUGGGGACGUCCACAUAGUACGUGGAGACUUUGAUGAGAACCUGAACUACCCGGAGCAGAAGGUGGUGACAGUGGGCCAGUUCAAGAUCGGUCUCAUCCACGGCCACCAGGUCAUCCCUUGGGGCGACAUGGCCAGCCUGGCGCUGCUCCAGAGGCAGCUGGACGUCGACAUUCUCAUCUCAGGGCACACGCAUAAGUUCGAGGCUUUCGAGAAUGAAAACAAGUUUUACAUCAACCCCGGCUCUGCUACCGGGGCCUACAAUGCACUGGAAAGGAACAUUAUCCCCUCUUUUGUACUAAUGGACAUCCAAGCGUCUACAGUGGUGACGUACGUUUAUCAGCUGAUCGGAGACGACGUCAAGGUGGAGAGAAUCGAGUAUAAGAAGUCGUAAAGGAGUUGUGGGGAGCAGGAGGAAUGGCACAAGUUAGUGAGGCUGAGCGUAUUGUUUCAUCCUGCCCACUAGGGGGCAGCAGCUCCCUCAGUUCACCACAGUGUUAACGCUGUUCAUGAACUCAACUCUAAAAUGCUUGUGUAUUAUAUUGUUUAUAUGUCAUCCUCAUUCACUUAUAUGCGAGCUGUCAGUAGAGGAUACAAUAGAGAACACAAUUAUGUCACAAGUCUUGCUAUUAAACAUUUUCAGACUUUUUUUUGUGAUUUUCAUUUUCACCCUUAUUAAAUCCUGUACAUGUGACCAACAUGCCAUAAGUUUUCUUAGAUCUGCCUUAUUCAUUCACUUCCACAAUAAAGAUGGAAUUUCCCUCCAA